AUGUCCUGUAAUAAAGCAUAUCCUGGUCAAAAGGGUAUGACACCUAGUCAGCAGUACACCAUCGAUCAGACGGGCUGUCUUCACGUGGGUCUCAUUGUUGGGAAGACCGCCUUUCGCCAGAACAAGUUUACUGCAAGCUACUUGCACGUAAGGCGCCUGGCAGAUAACCCCAACACCUGGACUCAGACACGCCAUGACUGGGAUGAAGUCAAGCGUAUGCAACGGAUUGAUUAUGGAGGCGAAGAAUGGAUCACGCUCUCCAAGGGUCAAUACAACAAGGAAUGGAACUGCCUUGGGUACUACCGUUUCAUGGCUUCUAAACUGUGA